ACUUGUUACGGGGAUGAUGAGGAAGUGGUGAGUGACACGAGUAUGAGCCGCAGUUGAUUCAGUACCGUGAGAAAACAGAUUAAUGCCGAUCUGCCAUGGACGCGAUCGGCGUGUCGCACACGGAUCCGCUCGAUGACUAUGAACUGAUACACCGCAUCGGCAGCGGGACAUAUGGAGAUGUGUUUAAGGCCCGUAGCAUUAAGACUUCAGUCAUCACAGCUAUUAAAGUGGUCAAACUGGACUCUGGUGAAGAUAUAUCAAGCAUUCAACAUGAGAUAACCAUGAUGAAGGACUGCACUCACAAAAACAUUGUCACCUAUUUCGGCAGCUACCUCAGAAAUAACAAGUUAUGGAUCUGCAUGGAAUUCUGUGGAGGAGGAUCAUUGCAGGACAUUUACCAUGUCACUGGUCCUCUGAAAGAGAGACAGAUAGCCUAUGUGUGUGGAGAGACACUUCAGGGAUUGCAUCAUCUCCAUCAGGCGGGAAAAAUGCAUAGAGACAUAAAAGGUGCCAACAUUCUUGUGACAGAGCGGGGAGACGUCAAACUAGCGGAUUUUGGAGUGGCAGCGGAGAUCAAUGCAUCUGUUGCCAAGAGAAAGUCUUUCAUUGGAACACCAUACUGGAUGGCACCAGAAGUUGCAGCAGUGGAAAGGAAGGGGGGCUAUAACCAGCUAUGUGAUAUCUGGGCAGUGGGCAUCACAGCCAUUGAACUAGCAGAGCUGCAACCACCUAUGUUUGACCUGCACCCAAUGAGAGCUUUGAUGUUGAUGUCAAAGAGCAGUUUCCAGCCUCCCAAACUGAAGGACAAGAACAAAUGGUCCACAGAGUUCCACAAUUUCAUCAAAAUGGCGCUCACAAAGAACCCUCGCAAGAGGCCAACGGCAGAAAAACUCUUACAGCAUGCUUUUGUAACACAGCUCCUCACCCGUAAUCUAGUUAUAGAGCUGCUGGAUACAGUCAAUAACCCGGAGCUGCAGCAGACACUCACUAUGGAUGAGAGUGACCUGGGGAUGUGCAGUGCUCUACCUGAUAAGAUUCAUUCUCUAGCCAAACACCUGCCUGUAAAGAGAACACUGUCUGAAGAGCAAUUUGAUCAUGUGAAGUUUGGACCACCAAUGCGAAAAGAGACAGAUCCCUGCCCUGAUCUGGGAGCCUAUGAUGACUGGAGCUCUAUUGGCGGGGACAAUGACUCUCCGAGUUUGCUAGAGUGUGUGGAAGAGGCUUUGAUGGAGAGGAGUUUGACUAUAAAGAGAGGAUCAUCGACUGAGCAUUCAACAGAUGAAGAGGAUAAAUACAGCACUGUGAAGAGAGUCCCUGCUCCACAAUCAACAGCCCACUGCAUUACCAGUCAAGAGAGAAAAGCUCCUACUCCCUGUUCUCGCGCCUCACCUCUCAUGGGCUCCACCCCUCUAAAGGACUCCGCCCCUGACACUAACCCUGCCUUGCUCAGUGAAUCAGCUCUGCUAAUUGGUUCAACUCUCUCUGACCUGUCUCUCAUCACAAACUCCUCCCUCUUCACUGACUCCUCCUUUUUCUGUCGUUCCAACAGUCUGGGUUCCCUCUGCUCAACACCAACUGAUGGUUUGAUACCAGGGGGCUCUGUUGCUCCAGACCCAGGAGGAAACAGGAAUCAUUUCCCUCCACUUGAGCGACCACUCUCACCAGAAUGGAGCACACUUAGGAGAAAAACCGAAGACACAAAAGCUGUUGUUCAUGGACUGCCACCGACACCUCAAGUGCAUAUGGGGGCCUGCUUCUCCAAAGUAUUCAAUGGUUGUCCAUUAAAGACUCACUGUGCCGUUACAUGGGUUCUACCAAAGACCAGAGAUCAAUACCUUAUGCUGGGUGCUGAGGAGGGCAUCUACACCCUCAACCUUAAUGAGCUCCAUGAAGACACAAUGGAGAAGUUGCUUCCUCAGAGAUGCACUUGGUUGUACGCGAUGAACAAUGUCCUUAUGUCCAUCUCCGGAAAGUCAUCACAGCUGACUUCUCAUAGUCUGCCGGCACUUUUUGAGUAUCGAAAAAAUAUGCAGCGAAGACAGGGCCAUCUCGCAAUAAACGCACACCGCUUAAGCACAAAGAUAAACUCAAGGAAGUAUGCCAUGUCGGUGAAGAUCCCUGACACCAAGGGCUGUAGAAGAUGUAGUGUAGUACGAAACCCUUACACCGACAGCGUGUUCCUGUGUGCUGUUGUGCCCACUGGUUUAGUUCUUCUCAUGUGGUAUGAGCCUCUGCAGAAGUUCAUGCAGCUCAAGCACAUUUCUCUGAGUCUGCCCGAGUCUCUGCCCAUAUUUGAGCUGCUUGUACAGGAAACAGAGGAGCUGCCUCAGGUCUGCGUGGGGGUGAGAAAUCCUCCUGGCAACAGAGACCCCACUGGACAGAUGCAGUUUGACAUUGUCCACCUGGAUGACACUCCACACAGUCUGCCAGAUGGCGAGUCUCUGAAGGUCAAGCAGGUGAUUCAACUGGACAGAGACACAGUUCUCAUCGCACUGGAAAACACAGUGAAGGUUGUGAAUCUACAGGGUUGUCCAAGCCAUCAGAAGACCCCUGAACUUACUUUUGAAUUUUCCAUUCAGACGCUCGUGUGUCUACAAGACAGUGUUCUUACUUUCUGGAAACAUGGUCUGAAAGGAAGGAGCCUACAAACUAAUGAGGUUACCCAGGAGAUCACAGAUAGAAGUAGAGUUUUUCAGGUUUUGGGAACAGCAAGGGAUAUUAUAUUGCAAAGUACUCCUACGGAUGACCCAUCUGCCAUGAGCAACCUGUACAUCCUCACAGGGCAUGAAAGCAGCUACUGAUGUGACUGAUAAGACACUGCGAAUGUUCGGUGAUAGCUGGAAACACUACAAAGAAUGAUAUUCCUCCCUUCACCACUAAAAGGGAGAGUUAGUCGGGCCCAAUAAGCUCAGAGGACGGAGGACGACAUGAUGGAGUCACAUACUGUACACGCAGUGCUCUGGAGAACUCCUAUUGUCCUGGCUGUUCAGGAGGGAGAAUAGGGCCAAAAGCUUGUUUUGGAGGCCAGAGAUGCCGAGACUGAGGAUCAGUCGUGCUUCAUGAGAGAAAGGGACCAAAUAUAGACCUUAAUGAGAGUGUGAUAUGGUAUAGUUCAGCCCAAAAAUAAAAUGAUGCCCUUUACUCAUGUUGUUCCGAACCCGUGUGACUUUCUUCCAUGGAAAACAAAAGGAGAUUGUAGGCAAAAUGUUAGGGACUGUCAGCCUCAGUCACCAUUCUCUUUGUUUGUAAAAAAAGACAUGAAAUAAUGCCAUGAAAGUCAGUGGUCAAUAUUCUGCCUAACAUCUUAUUUUGUGUUUCAUGGGAGAGAAAAAGUCAUGGAACAACAUGAGUUGAGUUGGGUGAGUAAAUGGCAGAAUUUGCACUUUUGGAUGAACUAUCAUUACACUGGUUCGAAGUUGUGAAGCAAACUGUUGACGGUCAUUGACCAAAGGAGUAGGAUGUUUUACUUGGUGUUAUGUUCCCUUAUUGUGUUUUGGUGCUGUGUUUAAGAAUGAUCUUUCAUUGACCAGUAAAUGAGAGAUGAUAGCGGUCAGUGAAACUAAUAAGAUCAGUGAAGAACUUUAGGGAAAAACAAACAUUGAGAACUGUAAAACCCACAAAACCCCAAAAUGUUGUACAUGGAAUUAAAUAAGUGUUAAUGAGAAGGAUUAAUACUAGCUUGUGUUGUUUUAACUGUUUUGUCCUUGCAUUUAUUGUAGUCCAGUGGUCCCAGACACAUUCAUAAAAUGGUGGUUGAUGGUUUUGAUAAUUCCCCCUGGAAUCUAUGCCCUUGGUACAACCCUUGAAGAGACUGUAUUCUACCCCUCACAGCCUCAUUGUCAUGCCCAUCAAAAAUCAAAGAUGGCAUUGCUGUCAAUAAUGUCCAUGGACAUAUUACAUAAACAUUUGAUAACAGAAAGUGUCAAGUUUCAUCUUCAUUUUUGACCAGUAUAUUUAUCCUUGUGGGCUGUAAAUAAAACUCAAACCUCCUUUUGUGGGCGUUUGAUU